AUGAGUGAUAAAUAUAGUGAUGAUGAUGAAGGUUGUGAAGAAACACAUAAAUUGAGACAAGAAAACUGUGAGCUCCAACGCCAAUUAGCACGUUUACAGCAAUUAUAUGGGAAUGCACAGAAGGAAAUCACUGAACACAUCAAGGCAACAGAGUCCCUGGUUAUUAAUACGGAACGGCUUGAGUCUCUGGUGCACGACCGAAACCUGGAGCUGGAAACACUCCGCGCCAAAACAAGCAGCGAGUCUAGCGAGGAUUUGCAGCGCGGGGGGUUGGUCGUAAUUUCUGGAGCCUCACCGUCCACUAGCGCCGCAUGUACCACGCUGCGCGAGACCGCUCCGCGAGUGAUGUGCGACACCGCACCGCCCAACAACAAGCCGCCGUGUGCCGCGCUGCCGAGUGUCGCGCCGGCCGGUGAUGUGCCGCCGGGAGCCGAGCCGCGGAGGGUCAGAGUCCGCGGAGCCUCGAGGCGCGGGGCGUCAGCGGCAGUGCCGCCGUCCGCGGCGCAAGCGCCUGCGGCGCCCCCGCCCGCUGCGCCGCCAGCGUUUGUCCUCCGAUCCGUCUCCAAGGCAAGUGAACGAGACGCGCGGCAGGUGUGCCCGGGCGCGGUGAGGGGCGCGGGCGCGGGCGGCGGCUGCGGCGCGGCGGCAGGUUGUUUUCCGUUAUAUUGA